GGCCUUGUGUGUAGCAGGUGGAUAGAGCUGUUGGCUGUACUGAUGGACAAGAGGAGUUGUACAACACUGAGUGUGUGUGACAGGGAAGCGUUAUUGGCUGGAGUCAGCAGAGCUCAAAGCAUAUGGAGGAGCGUGUGGGCCGUGACGUAGCGCAGUGGCCGGAUCCCCUUGACUAGAGCUAGUGCAGCCAUGCGUGAGUCCGGGGGAUGCUGCUCUCACUUGUGCGAGUGGGAUGCGAGUGAGUGACAGCUGAGUGCAGGCAUGUCCGUGUGUAUGCGCAGACUGAUCAACAGCACCCGGGGCUUCCUAUGGUCAGACGUCGAGACCCGCGCCUUGUUGGACAUUUGGGGGAAGGCUGACGUACAAUCGGCGCUCGACGGAAAUUUCCGUAAUAGUCAUGUGUACCGGGACGUGGCGGGGCGCCUGGGAGAGCUGGGCUUUGAGCGCACCCCUGAGCAAUGUCGGAUUCGGAUCAAGGGUCUGAAGCGCCAGUACUACCAGGCCAGGGAGGGUCUCCGGAAGAACGGACAAGCGCGCAAGAUCUGUCGCUACUAUGACGACAUGGAUCGCAUCCUCCGCGCCCGGCACGCCCCGCCCACCAGCGGGGAUCUAGCAGCAGCUUUAUGUGGGACUCUGCCCGCUCUGCACGGGCUCCAUCUGCCCCAGACAGACGCCACCUGCCCAGAGGACUGUUCCCGGGAGCUAAGGGAGGAGGACUUUGAGGAGGAGGAGGAGGAGGAGGAGGAGGCAGGCUCGGGGGGACCUGAGUCGCCCCAGGACAACUUCACGGAGGAUUGCGGAGAGGGAUCUUCCUGUUACACACAACAGCCAAUCAAAGUGGAGGAUGGAUGCAGCUUCGCUAUCCCACUGUCACCCAACAACGGCUAUAAAAACCUGCAUAGCAAGACAAGCCAGCCUCAAGUACCCCAUCUUACAAAGUCCAAGAAGCACCACUGUACCCUCACACUGGACAAGAUGAUGGAGUGCUUCCUGCAGCAGAGUGUGGAUGCCGAGGAGAAGUUCUACAAGUAUAAAGAGCAGCGGCUGCACAUAGAGGAGAAGUGCAGGGAAGCAGAGCACACACGUGAGAUGCAGAUGUUACAGAUGUUGGGACAAAUGCUCAAUGGCUUAUCUUCCACUUCCCAAAUGACUGCGCCGAGCCAUUCCAGCCCCUCACACAAAGCAAACUUGAGAAACCAUCCUGAUUCACUGCAUUUAAAUCCUUCUACUUUCUCGCCCCCAAUAGUUCUAGAGAGGCCCUUCUCUCUACGACCCACACGCCCUGCAAAGGACAUGGACAAUAUAUUCCAGCUGGUACGGAAUGUCAUCCCUCCACUGACCUCCAAAAAACACAAAGGACAGGAUGGGAAGAUAGGCAUCAUUGGAGGCUGCAAAGAGUAUACUGGGGCUCCAUACUUUGCAGCCAUUACAGCCCUUAAAGUGGGUGCAGAUUUGUCCCAUGUGUUUUGUACCAAAGAUGCAGCAACUGUGAUAAAAUCAUACAGUCCGGAGCUGAUUGUUCACCCAGUUCUUGACCAUCCCAAUGCAGUGUCUGAGGUAGACAAAUGGCUUCCACGGCUACACACACUAGUCAUAGGACCAGGAAUGGGUCGAGAAGAUGCUAUACUGGAUAACGCUAAGGGGAUUAUUGAGAAAGCUAAAUCCAAAGGGCUUCCUAUUGUGAUUGAUGCAGAUGGACUUUGGCUCAUUGCUCAGCAACCAGCAAUUAUUCAAGGUUAUCAGCGAGCUGUUCUUACCCCAAAUUUUAUGGAGUUCAGUCGGCUGUAUGAAGCUUUGCUUUCAGAACCUGUGGAAACCAGUGACCAGCAUGGAAGUGUGUUAAGACUCAGUCAAGCAAUGGGAAAUAUAACGAUCAUUCAGAAAGGAGAACGUGAUCUUAUUUCAGAUGGAGACAAAGUGUUAGUGUGCAGUCAUGAGGGCAGCAGCCGGCGCUGUGGAGGACAAGGAGACCUAUUGGCUGGCUCAUUAGGAGUACUGCUACACUGGGCACUUCUGGCAGGACACGAGAAGAUUAAUGCUCAAAAUCCUUUUCUGGUGGCAGCCUUUGGAGCAUGCUCACUCACACGACAGUGCAACCACCAAGCUUUCCAAAAAUGUGGACGUUCAAUGACCACAAGUGACAUGAUUUCAGAAGUUGGGACUGCUUUUAACAAACUCUUUGAAACCUGAUAUUACUGAAGCAGCUUCUUGGGAACGACUGGCUGUGCUCUGCCAACACUAGAAUGCACAGAAAGCACCUUCCCGGGUGUUGUACAACAUGCUUUGAGUUUUCUUUUCUUAUUAUAGAAGAAAUCAUAAUAUUGUAGAUAUAAUUUCUAAAAAAUUGUAUAGAAAUGUCUUUGCAGAGUGAAAAUAUAACUGCAAAUGCAAUAAAAAUGAAAAUGGA